ACACGCACACACGCACACACACACACACGCACACACACACUUAUUUGCACACUGACUUGAAUACUGCGUAAAAAAAAAAAAAACCAAUUAACAAAAAAAAAAAAUAAAAUCAGUCGCUCCUCCCCCCCCCUCCCCACUAAAAUUUUCUCGCUCUAUCUCCUUAAUAAAAUAAACCCGAUUUUUACGCUCUGUAUUUUCUUUUUCCUCUCUUCUCUCUUUUUUCAUUAUACACAAGCUAUUAAAUAAUAUUACAUAAUGCCUAAGGAACCUACAAAGAAACGCGCUGAUCCUGAGGACAAGAAGAAGAGACGUGCCAAGAAGGAUCCCAAUGCUCCUAAGCGUGGUCUGUCUGCGUAUAUGUUCUUUUCUCAAGAAAAACGUGCUGAAGUCAAGGCUGAGAACCCUGAAGCUUCAUUCGGUCAAAUCGGUAAGAUCCUUGGUGAAAAGUGGAAGGCCAUGUCUGACGAAGAAAAGAAGCCCUACAAUGAUAAGGCUGAAGCUGAUAAGAAGCGUUAUGAAGCUGAAAAGAAUAAACAAUAAGUUUUUUGUUCUCUGCUUCUAUUUCUAAACACAUCGCUGUUAUAUAUUUGUUUCGUUCCAAUAUUGCACGAAUAAUAUAAUGAUUGUCCUUAGUACUUACGACUCUCUUUGUUUCCCAAACACCUUUCGAUAUUAUUCUAUAUAUAUUAUAUAUAUAUAUAUAUAUAUAUAUACAUA